UGGCACAUUCCUGGAACUUCCCUUGCCACUGCAGGUGUUGAGAGGAAGAGUAAGCAUCUUCUACUCCAGUUCAUCUCAUGAAAUAAGAGACAACUAGAGUUCAGACAUGGAUCUGUGGGUUGAUGCCAAAGUCUUCAUCUGCAUCCUCUUUGUGACCUUCUUCUGCACAGGGACAGAUGCAGAGAUGCCUGCUGACUGCUGCUUGGAGGUCAAAAACAAGGAGGUUGACAAAGCUGCUAUUGUGCAUUACCAGCUCCAGACCAGUGGUCACGGCUGUGCAAUCAAUGCAAUGGUCCUCCUAACCAGACACCAGAGGACGCUCUGUGUGCCUCACAAUGAACCAUGGGUGAAAAACAUAAUGAACCAUGUGGACAACCUGAAGAAAUUCUGCAAGAAACGCAACCACAAGCCCAGGGUUUGCCGUGGAGUGCAGAAUGUGUAAAAGCAGAGUGGAUGUCUGACUGAAGAAGGAGGGAUCAAACCACUGAAUAAACCCAUUCAAUUGAGAAACUUUUUAUACUGUGUGCUAUUUGUAAUUGUUUGAUGUGCUAGAAUUAUAAAGCAAGGAUUAUAGAAGUGAGCAAAUGUGACUUUGUGUCAGAAGCAUAGCAUGGAACUGUGAAUAAGAGGCAGCACUAUUUCCUUUUUAUAAACCUUUAAGCAUUCAUUCUGCAAAAUAAAACCAAUUUUUCUGAA